AUGGCCCCCGCCGUGGCCACGCCCGUCGACGCCCCGCUGACAGCCAGCACUGGCGCCCAAGGCAUUGAGGUCCGCCCCGCCCGCGCCACAAAGGGGGUGCCCGCGCCAUUCGUGCAACAGCAGCAGCUGCAGCGCGCCGCAGCCGCAGCCGCGGCUGCCGCGGCGGUGGCCGCGGCGCCGGCCGCCCUCCAGCAGCAGCUCCAGCAGCAGUACUUCCUUCCCAGCCACACCCUCGACCCCGAGGGCCCCCGCGCAGCCGCCCGCCAGGCGGCCGCGGCCGCGUUCGGCUCCUCCUCCCCUGUGGCUGGCGCCGGCGCGGCGCGCAAGUUCAACAACCAGUACCGCGGCGUGAGGCAGCGGCCGUGGGGCAAGUGGGCCGCGGAGAUUCGGGACCCGACUAAGGGGCAGCGCCUGUGGCUGGGCACGUUUGACACCGCUGAGGAGGCCGCGCGCGCCUACGACUCGGCGGCGCGCGAGAUCCGCGGCCCCAACGCGGUGCGCUUGCAAAUCCGGGCGCGCGCCCGGGUGGCGGGAGGACUAGGGGGAGGACAGGCGGGCGCGGGCCCCGCGCGUCGGGUCGGGUCUGCCGUGGCGGCCGUUUGA